CCUCCACGUCAAAGCUCCAAACCCACGUUACUCGUACAAAAGCACAAAGAAAACCGGAACCAAAACCUUAUCAAAACCCUUUAUGCUUUCUAUCGUUGUUACAACAAAAACACAAAACAAACCCUUUCUUCUCCGUGUCUCAUUUCCCUGCAAUAAUCAAUCACCAAAAUGUCGAACAAAGAAAUGGACGUUGCAAAAGGCGUUGAUUUGAAGCGAUACAUGGGCCGGUGGUACGAAAUAGCUUGUUUUCCAUCUAGGUUUCAGCCAAGUGAUGGUACGAACACAAGAGCAACAUACACUCUCAGAGACGAUGGAAUUGUUGGUGUUUUGAAUGAGACUUGGAGCGGUGGAAAACGAAGCUACAUUGAAGGAACUGCUUAUAAAGCUGAUCCUAACAGCGAUGAGGCUAAACUCAAGGUCAAAUUCUAUGUUCCUCCUUUCUUGCCAAUAUUUCCUGUUGUUGGUGAUUACUGGAUUUUGCAUCUUGAUCGUGAUUAUCAGUAUGCUCUCAUUGGUCAACCUAGCAGGAAUUAUCUUUGGGUACUAUGCAGGCAACCUCAUUUGGAUGAUGAAAUCUACAACCAGCUUGUUGAGAAAGCUAAGGAAGAAGGGUAUGAUGUGAGCAAACUGCACAAGACUCCACAGAGUGAUACUCCACCUGAGCAAGAAGGGCCUCAAGACACCAAAGGAAUUUGGUGGAUCAAAUCCCUCUUUGGGAAAUAAACAAAUAUGUGUUUCUGCCAUGUUAAGAAUAAAGGUUUUAAGUACUCACUAGUUUGGAUUUAUAUGUAUCAUGUAUUGGCUUCUUCUGUAUAUAGAGACUAAAGAUGUGACCUUUAGCAAAUUUGGUGUUUCAUGCUCAAAUUGUCUUUAGAAUUCAAUUCACUAUGUGUUACUUGAAA